AUCGGGACCAGGAUUCAGCACAGGCCAAGCUCAACAUAGGCUGGCUUGGCAGGUUUGUUGCUCAGAAACGGUCAACAGAUGACAACUUGACCAAGUAUGUUCGCGAAUUUAGCAACGUCUCUGGUGAACUGAUGCGCUGAGGCCAGCUGGUGGAAUUCUUGAGAACAGAGAUGUUCCUGCAGGGUCUGCCGGAGGAGGUGCAGGUUGAAGUGGUAAGGAGGGCGAAGAUUAGCCCUCAGAAGUUCGAGACUAUGAAGUUCGCAAGGGCCCGGGAGGCAGUUGAAGAAUAUCUGGAGGAAGUGGCUGGAUUAAAUUUAAUUCGGCAGGGUCAUGAAGGGAAGCUUGCGAACUUCGCAGAGGAAGUGUCAGCUGCGCAUAGCUUAGUAGUUGUGCAGCCAGAUGGGCGAGUCCCAGAUGAACAACGACAGCCAGAGGACAGAGAACCAGUGCCUACAGGGAAGCGGCAGGUGCCAAGAACAGCCCCGGGAACAGGAGACACCAGGAAACGCUAG